AUGCUCUUAGCCCCUCCCGGCACAGGUCCUUGUAAUCCGACUCCUACUCUCGAAGAGAAGUCUCGUAGAUGGACGCAGCUAAAUUCGAAACGCUACGGGAACAACAAGAGGAGGUUCGGACACGUGGAGACUCAAAAGGAAGAAAUGCCGCCUGAGCACGUCAGGAAGAUCAUCAAGGACCACGGCGACAUGUCAUCGAAGAAAUUCACUCACGACAAACGCGUAUACCUAGGAGCACUCAAAUUCGUUCCUCACGCCGUCUUCAAGCUUCUUGAGAACAUGCCAAUGCCCUGGGAGCAGGUCCGAGACGUGAAGGUUUUGUACCACGUCACGGGAGCCAUCACGUUCGUGAACGAGAUCCCGUGGGUCGUGGAACCUAUCUACAUGGCUCAGUGGAAAACUAUGUGGAUCAUGAUGCGGAGGGAGAAGCGGGACCGACGCCACUUCAAGAGAAUGAGGUUUCCUCCGUUUGAUGACGAGGAGCCUCCGCUUGACUACGCGGAUAACUUGCUGGACGUGGAGACUCUCGAGGCGAUUCAGAUGGAGCUUGACGAGGAGAGGAUUCCGCUGUGUACACUUGGUUUUACGACCACAAGCCGUUGGUAA